GCUAGCGCUGUCAGCUCCUUUGAAACUGCAACCAUCAACUACCAUGCAACUAGCAAAGUUGAGGACUGGCCCUGCUCGUCGCCUUUCAGCCGGACAGCGUAUUCUCAGACAGCUCUCUACGCGUCCCACCAAUGGUCUGUCCGCUGUGCAAGGUCCCUCAGAACCUCCCCUCGACACCCGUACUCUUCCUCGAUACUUCGCCGAAGAAAUUCUAGAGAAACGUGCGGACCGUCCUGCCCUCCAAUGCCCUCGUGAACGCCCCAGGCCCCACGGUGGCCCUGUUUCACGAAACCUGGGAUUAGCUGAUGACAGCCAUGGGUAUCUGGCCUGGGAUUUCGAGGAGUUCGACAACAAUGUGGCUGCCUUGGCGAGAGGACUUGUCGGCCUAGGGGUGAAGAAGGGGGAUAGAGUUGCCGUAGUAAUGGGGAACAACAGUGCGUACGCUAUGCUGCAGUGGGCUUGUGCCAAAAUUGGUGCAAUAUUGGUCACCAUCAACCCGGCGUAUCGUGUACACGAAUUGAUCAACACUCUGCGCCUCGUCGGCGUGAGCCAUCUUUUUCUUGUCCCACAGAUACGUACAUCUUCCUAUCUUAAGCUCCUGACAGAAGUCAUGCCAUCCCUUCGGACUCGGGAACCUGGAAAUAUCCAAGAAGAACAGCUUCCGGAUUUGAAGCACAUCGUUCUAGUCGAUAAUACCGGAGACUACAAAGCAUUUCAAGAUAUUAUGAGCGACGUGCGCUGCGCGGCAGAUUUCCGAGAAAUUCUAGUGUGGCGGGAGAAGGGAAAGGAAGAGAAGACAGUAAAGGAAGUGGAAUCAACAUUACAGAAGGACGACAUCAUGAAUAUGCAGUACACAAGCGGAACGACGGGGAUGCCCAAGGCCGUUUCACUUACCCACUAUAACUUGAUAAACAAUGGCAUAUCCAUCGGCAGCGCCAUGGAUCUCACCGACAGAGAUGUUGUCUGUAACGUUCCGCCUUUAUUCCAUUGCUUUGGCCUCAUAUUGGGGAAUCUCGCUGCCUGGGCCCACGGUGCCUGCAUAGUCUACCCUUCGGAAAUAUUUCAUCCACCGUCGAUAGUUGACGCAGUGUCCAAUCUCCGAUGUACGGCAUUACAUGGAGUACCAACACAUUUCAUCGGCGUGCUGAAGGAAAUCGAGAAGCGCAGGCAGGAGGGACGCACUAUGGAUUUCAGUGGCCUGAGAACGGGUAUAGCUGCGGGUUCUCCGAUACCUAUCGAACUCAUGAAUCAACUCAUGAGCAAGAUGAACCUGAGGGAUCUGACAAUUGCAUAUGGCAUGACGGAGACGAGCCCGGUCUCAUUCCAAACAACGGUGAAGGAUCCUGUCAUAAAGCGCGUAGAGACAGUAGGCCAAGUGCGCCCACACGUAAAGGCGAAGGUUGUCGACAUGGAAGGCCAGGUUGUUCCUGUCGGGACGCCUGGCGAAUUGCUUGUAGCGGGUUAUCUCGUGCAAAAAGGAUACUGGGGUGACGAAGCGCAGACAAAUAGUGUCAUGAAGAGGGAUCCGGAAGACGACCAGGUCUACAUGCAUACUGGUGAUGAAGCCAUUAUGGACGAAGAGGGGUAUCUCAGCAUUGUUGGAAGGAUAAAGGACAUUAUUAUACGCGGGGGAGAGAAUCUAUUCCCUGUGCAGAUCGAGAACGUACUCACCAGUCAUCCAUCCAUCGUAGAAGCUGCCGUGGUUUCAGUUCCUCACGCGACAUUGGGCGAAGCUGUCGGAGCAUGGAUUGUUCUAAGAGACGGUGCAAAGAUGACGAAAGGGGAGGCCAAGAGGGUGGUGUGGGACGGAAUGAACCCUCAGAAUUCUCCGGCAUGGGUGUGGUUUGUGGGCGAAGACGGUACACCGGGCGAACUACCGAAGACCGCGAGUGGGAAGGUUCAGAAACAUAUUCUAAGAGAUUGGAGCAAGGCCAUGGCGAAAAACGGUGUGGGGAUGGUUCCUUGAAGAGUGUGUCCGAUGUGCGUGUGCU